GUUCCAAAGCGCCCUCAAUUCCGGAAGAGGACGUAGGCCGGGCCAGCCAUCAUCCCAUGCCUUUGCAACCUUUGCGGAAAAUGAGACUAACAUGAAAAAAAUCCUGGCAACAUAUCUCAGAAACAAACAAUGUGCGAAGUGCAACCUAGGGCACGUGGGUCGAGGAGUGAAGAGGAGCCACAAUUGUUCAGCAAACAUCGCCAAGCAUGUUGUGAUAGGGGAUGAGGCAGCACUAGGCCGUGAGAUGGGAAAGAAACUUGUCGAGAAUAACAUCAGGGUGUCUCACCUUGUACAUGAUGGAGAUGGACAUAUCUUCAAGGGAAUGUCUGAGGUGAUGGAAGAGGAAACAGGUGAGCCCACAAAGUCCUUGUCUGACAAUAUCCACCUGUCCAGAAGUAUUGCCAGGGCAGUGACAAAGGCUACAUGGAGUGCCCACAUGUGGCCAGGAAAAACUCGGGCGGAGAGGAUGCAAGUAAAGAACAGGUUUGGGGAUGACCUUAAACUACGUCUAGAAGCAGAGCACCGGCAGGCACGCGAGAAAUAUGGCAAGAACAAGGAGAGGAUGGAAGAGGCCAUGAACAAAGCAUCAGAUGCCAUAGUGAAUUGCUACUUAGAUGGAGACCACACCCUGUGUAGGACUCAGUCACUUGUAUGCAGUGGAAGCAGUAAGGUGUGGGGCUUCAGUUUCUUUCCUCAUGGCACAAAAGAACUCAUCUGCCCUGACGAGGCAGACAGGGAAGAGUUGAGGACUAUCAUAGGAAAGAGGCUGGACCCUGAGGUUCUAGAAGCCACAAGAUUUGGUCUUAACACGAAUCGUGCGGAAUCUGCAAAUCGUCAGUACUCUAAAAGUGUUCCAAAGAAUCGUACCUUGACUACAACCUUGGCUGGUCACUACGCGUCAGCUGUUCACAGUGCCAACAACGGGACAGCUCUGUCUAUCCUGAUGAAGCGCCAGGCAGCCGGGAUACCGCUGUCUCCGAGGUCACCAGCAGUCACCGCCCUACGAGCAAUGGACAAAAUCGAAACUUACAAGAGAGCCUACCACAAAGAACCUGCUAGAAGGAGUCGUCGCAAAACCAACAGGGUGAAAGAAUUCCAAACAUAUAAUGAAGACCAAAGACAUAGGACACUACAAGAGCAAAGGUGAGGAAGAGGAAGAGGGACGAAAAAGCUGGUCCAAGCGAGCCAAAGAAAAGGAGAGUUUCCAACAAGCAGCAGAGGGGUAAACAGGAUCAUGUAUACAGCAGGAUGGAUGGUGAAUCCCUACCAACCUGGUCCAAAAAGAAGAAGGAGUCACAGUGGUCUGGUGAGGAGGACAACUAAAAGUACACCCCUACCUCAGUCCUCAAAGAUACAGUCAGGGUACCCAGGGUGCUUCCGACAAACGCGGUUAAAUCUGCACCUUUGCCUGGAAUUGUUUACAGAGUGCGGUUCAGCAGACAAAUGGUCAAUAUUAACACACAGUGACGUAUGGCAGCGGUGAGAAACAUCCAGUCUUCCCAGGUCCAGCCUGCCUGUCACAGCCAUGAAGAACACACGGUGGACUGUCCACUUGCUUGGCCUGCGAAAAACUCUCCCGGGAAACCAAGAGACAGAAAUGAUGCCGUAAAGGACUUGACUCCUAGUAACUUUGGCUCCCUGCCAUAUAUUGCAUGAUUUUGUGGAAUGUUUGCGUAGCCUACGUUGUAUUUUAGAUGAGUAUUCUCUUCUCCAGUCCCUUUCUGCCAUUUCGGGCGCAAAAAGUCGUUGAAAGUGUCGAAAUUUGUGAAACUGAUCUGAAUAAAGUUGUCAGAAGGAAUGUCCAAGUGUUUGUCCAUGUGUUUUAGAUAAAAAAACGGAAGGAAUUUGCAUAGAAAAGUCGUUUAGAAACAGCUAUGCUGAGGGGGGGGGGGCAGUUCAGAAUUCUGGGG